AUGAAUCAUCCCCCCAAGAGCCCGGCGCCUCGCCGCUAUGGCUUCGCCUGUCUCAUGUGCAGGCGCCGGAAGAUCAAGUGCGACGGCAAGAAACCGAAUUGUGCCAACUGCAUCAAGGCCAAGGAAAUCUGUAGCUAUAAGGAGAGCCCCAGUUACAAUGCUCACCUUGUCCACCAGCUGCAGCGGUCCAAAAGGCGCAUUGAUGAGCUGGAGGGCCAGCUGCGAGAUCUAGCGGGUCUGGACUCGGAAGAACGUGAUCGCAGGCUGGCCGAGAUCUCACGCGACUUCGACCAUUUGAGCAUGGCGGAUAGCUCGCCUAGUGGGAUGACCGAUCUCAUCCCAGCCCGUGGGGGAGCAUGGCACGGUGAGUUCCUCGGUGGAAUACCGAUCGGGGGUGCGACAGAGCAUGCACUGACCUGUCAACCAUACAAGUACUACGGGGCUACUUCAAGGUUUCACCCUCUGGAGGCUGCGGAUAGUCGCUUGCUGAAGGUUCCUGGCCCGGAUAGCGGGGAUCACAAAGCGAGCGAGGAGUACCACCGUAAAUGGCUGGCGGCAAACUCCAAAUUCCAGGAGUCCCUGGAGCAUGUGGCCAUCAAGAAUCUCGAGCAGUAUACAGAUGUCCCGCUCGACAUUUGCGCCGUCUUGCUGCAGAUCUACUGGACCUGGCAGGCCCCCUUGCACAGUUGUGUCUACCGCCGAUGCUUUUACCGAGACUUAGCAUUAGGUGGGCCUUACUGUUCCGCGUUUUUGUUAAACGUGAUCUUCGCCCAUGCAUGCCGGCAUACGAAGGAUGACGAUCCUAAGUUUGCGGGGUUGGAACGGGGCAAGCAUUUCAUGAAUGAGGCGAAGCAGCUCCUCUUGCUUGAAAUGGAAGAAGAGAAGCCCAGGAUCCCCACUAUUCAAGGACUGCUCAUCCUCGGCGGCCGGCAAUGCGCGAUUGGGAAAAACAGUGAAGGGUGGCUGUACACUGGGAUGGCGAUUCGAAUGGUCACCGACCUCGGCCUGCAUCUGUAUAAGGGGAACCUGGAGGGUCUGGAAGGCUUGGAUCCCGAUGACUUAGAGGUCAGGAAGCGUCUAUACCUCUCCGCUUACAUUUGGGAUAAGUCCAUAAGCUUGUGUCUCGGGCGCCCACCCUCUCUUGUCGAUCUCCCAUACUCCCCCGAUAGCCUGUUUGAUACGUCGGACAAUGACCUCGAAUGGAGGCCGUUCUACUUAAAAGAAGCGGAGACUUCCUAUCCAUUCACCAAAUCCUCUAAUACAUUGCAUAUCGUUUACUUUGGCAAAUUAGCACGCAUCAUCAACGAAGCGUACGACAAGGUGUAUAGUCAAAGUUUACAGAAUCUCAAAUUACAGAGUAUCUCCGAGCUAGAGGCCAAGCUUCGGUCCUUCCAUGCAAGUCUACCGGACCAACUUCGAAUACAAGCCCCGGAAACAGAACAUCCUAUACCACACUAUGCUAAUUCUGAUAUUCCGCCCUUUCUUCGCGUGGUCGAGGCACGAGCGACUUCGAACACACCCUUGGCCCUGCGAGCACACCAAGUGUGCAUUGAGGAGGCCAAUAAUGUAAAUGAGCACUUUCGACGUUAUGGUCGGACUUUUAACUUCCAGAACCAGACCUACCUUGUCUCGUACUGUGUCUAUACUGCCGCGACAAUUGAUAUCCAAGAAAUUCGGCAAGAGGACCCGGCCCUGGCUCAGGCUGCUGCCAAUCGGCUGUCCACCACCCUCAAAAUGCUGGAAACAGAGGCCAAGCAGACCCCCGGCAUCAAGCGCAGCAUUGAGAUUAUCAAAUCCCAUUUAGCCCAGCAGACCGAGGACCGAAGCCAGAAAGUCCAGAACCCAUUACCCGCCAGGCAGGUUCAAAUCAACAGGGAGAUUCGACAGCAGCUUCUACCUCCUCCUACCCCUCUAUAUCCUCAAGCACCCUCCUACAGCGAAUCCACAUUAUCCACACCUCCAUCGCAGGGCCCCCGAGAGAGCCCCUUAUUAGGGCGCCACUCGAACAUGGGUGUCGGCAGAUUGCCGCCCCACCCAGGCGUCUCAGGGGGCAUCGAUCCCGCAAAGGCCCACCAGCUCGUGGAGCAGGAGCCGAUCCCGGAGGAAAACAUUGGAAGUUUGAUGCAUCAAGCAAUGGACGUCGACAACAACUGGAAUGAAUGGGAAUUCUUCAAUGCGGGGGGCGGAUUUGUACCGGAUACCGGUGGAUGGGCACCGUUCGAUCCUUCUUACCCGUACAAUAACAUGUACUAG